UGUAUUGUAGCAUUGUGCCAAAGUUUGUUAGGAUGGGGUUCUUGCAAGGUGUGUUAGUGUUGGUUGUGAUUGUGGCUUUUGAUCUAAAGAGUGCAUUGGGAAGUUUGAAACACCGUCAAAGUCCAAGCAGCAGAAAGCCGCAAUCAGCUCCAGCUUCCAGAGUUCCUGAUCUUUCUUCUCAAGGGUUCUUGAAUCCUUCCCAAAAGGCUUCUCAGCUUCCGAGUCUUGACUACAGAAAAUUUGCGCAAGACCCUCUUGGUCUUCAGGAGAAGCAGCUGUUGCAGGGUCCAGUCAAGCCUUUGGACUGGAAGUUUCCCGUUGUUCCAGAGGUGCAACGUGAGUUGGCGGUGAACUUCCAGUUGAGGCAACCUGUGACCCCCAGUAGUGUGGCUGUUCAAUGCAGUGAGGAGCGGGUUCAUGUGGAGGUGAGGAAGGAUAUGUUCGGCAAUGGUCAAUUGAUCCAGCCAUCUGGUUUGUCUAUGGGAGGCUGUCCUGUUGUUGGUGAGGACUCUGCUUCUGGGGUGCUCAUCCUCGAAUAUGCACUACAGGACUGCAAUAGUGUAUUGAUGAUGACUGCGGAUGAGCUUGUCUACACCUUUGCUGUUACCUACACCCCUUUGGCAUUUGCUGGCACGCCGAUCACCCGUACUGAGGGUGCAGUUGUUGGCGUUCAAUGCCACUAUCAAAGGCUUCAUAAUGUGAGCAGUAAUUCUUUGAGGCCAACUUGGGUUCCUUAUGCUUCAACGGAGGUUGCUGAAGAUGUCUUGGUGUUCUCCAUGAACCUCAUGAUGGAUGACUGGGCCAAUCAGAGGCCUUCAAAUGUGUACUACUUGGGUGACAUUAUUAAUAUUGAGGCAUCUGUGAAGGUGUACAACCACGUCCCCCUGCGUGUGUUUGUGGACCGCUGUGUGGCCACCCAAGUACCUGAUGUGACUUCUGUUCCAAGAUAUUCCUUCAUUGAGAAUCAUGGGUGCCUUGUGGAUGCCAAGGCUACGGCUUCCAGCUCCCACUUCUUGCCUCGGACCCAGGAAGACAAGAUCCGGUUCCAGCUGGAGGCUUUCAUGUUCCAGGGAGGAUCCAGUCCUUCCAUCUACAUAACGUGUACCGUGAAGGCCACUCUUGCUUCUGCACCCAGUGACGCUCUCCACAAAUCCUGUUCCUUUUCCAACGGGUGGCUUGCUGCUGAUGGGAACCACCAGGUUUGUGCUUGCUGUGACUCAACUUGUGGCCCUGAAGGGGGACGUGAUGCUCCUAUUGGGGGUGUUCAGUGGGAAGGCAAGGCCUCGCUCGGUCCUGUAAUGGUUCAAGGGCGACAGAAGUCUUUAGGUGGACUUUAUGACUGGGCCAAUCAGAGGCCUUCAAAUGUGUACUACUUGGGUGACAUUAUUAAUAUUGAGGCAUCUGUGAAGGUGUACAACCACGUCCCCCUGCGUGUGUUUGUGGACCGCUGUGUGGCCACCCAAGUACCUGAUGUGACUUCUGUUCCAAGAUAUUCCUUCAUUGAGAAUCAUGGGUGCCUUGUGGAUGCCAAGGCUACGGCUUCCAGCUCCCACUUCUUGCCUCGGACCCAGGAAGACAAGAUCCGGUUCCAGCUGGAGGCUUUCAUGUUCCAGGGAGGAUCCAGUCCUUCCAUCUACAUAACGUGUACCGUGAAGGCCACUCUUGCUUCUGCACCCAGUGACGCUCUCCACAAAUCCUGUUCCUUUUCCAACGGGUGGCUUGCUGCUGAUGGGAACCACCAGGUUUGUGCUUGCUGUGACUCAACUUGUGGCCCUGAAGGGGGACGUGAUGCUCCUAUUGGGGGUGUUCAGUGGGAAGGCAAGGCCUCGCUCGGUCCUGUAAUGGUUCAAGGGCGACAGAAGUCUUUAGGUGGACUUUAACAAAUGGGGACAACCCUAUUGCUUGCUUCCAAUAAACCGAAAACCGUG